AUGGGCGUUCCCCUGGGCGUUCCAAUGUCUCGGAAGAAGCGCCCUGCCCCGGUCAGGGAGGUCAAAUGGGUGCCCGAUCGCGAGGUUGCGCCGCUCAGGACGCUCGACGAGCUCCUCAAGUACAAGGAGGAGCCCCUGCUGUGCGUCGUGGAGUCGCUGUCGGAGGCCAUCAAGCGCGGUAAGCCUGGCGAUCCGAGGACCAUUUUCUGCCACGACAUGGACGGCAACUACAAGGAGGACAGGUUCGUCUAUGGCAGCGACGACGCAAGCGCGUACCGGUUCCACCACUGGCAGAUCAUCGACACGUUCAUCUACUACUCUCACCACAUGGUCACGAUCCCGCCUCCUGGUUGGAUCUCGGCAGCCCACAGGCACGGCGUCAAGGUUCUCGGAACAUUCAUCCUCGGGAAGGAUGACAUCAAGACCAUCAACAUCGUCCGAGGCUCCGGUCUGACGUCACAGGUUGCAACACAGCUGGCGAACGUUGCAAGGGCCGGCAGGUUUGACGGAUGGCUAAUCAGCAUUGGGUGCAAGAUGGACCGUAGCUGCAUCCCGUUCGUGAAGGACUUGUUGAAGGCCAUCACCACCGAAACGCACAGAGCCGUGCCGGGAUCUCUGGUCAUCUGGUACGACGCCGUGGACGUCGACGGGAAGGCCAAUCCGCAGAACGAGCUCAACCAGAGGAACGCCUGCUUCUUCGACCUGUGCGACGGCAUCUUCCUGAACUUCCAAUGGACAGAGGCCAUGCUCCUCAGCUCGGCGCAACUCGCGGGCAACCGCAAGGCCGACGUCUACGUCGGGGUCGACGUGCACGGACGUGACACUAAGUACCCCGGCGGCUACGAGACGUACAAGGCCGUCCAACUCGUUCGGAGAUGUGGCUUGUCGGCAGCCGUCUUCGCCGCUGGCUGGGUCUACGAGACGCAAGAGAAAAAGAAUUUUGCGAAGAACCAGUACCGGCUCUGGAGCUUUCCGGACAACUGCUGUUCCGAAUGGCGUCUCAUCAAGCCCCCGCUGACGACUAGCUUUUGCCAAGGCUUCGGUUCCAAGGUGUUCGCGGAUGGCCAGUAUAUGUACGCUAGUUACUUCAAUGUCUACCCGUCCGCCUUGACGCAGCCCGUGGGGAACCGUGUGUGGUUCGACCUGCACAAGCAGCAGCUGCAGCCUCGGGACCAAGGCAACACGCUCUGCGACUCGUGCUGUUCGGUGAAGCUGCACCUGGACGACGCUUACAAUGGUGGCGGCAGCCUGCGCGUGUUCUUCAAGCCCAACCGCAAGCGCCCCGACACCAAACCUUACAUAAGGUUGUUCGGGUGCGACUUCCCGCUGGGUCCUCUCGCGGUCAGCUACACCUUCAAGAACAUCAGCUUAAGCAGCACAGUUGGCCAGGACAUCGCCAUCGUCCUGAAGACCAUCAGAACGCUCGAGGACGAUGCCGAGGAGCCGGAGACUUACUGGCUUACAAG